AUGGAGGGCGUGCUAUAUACACGGGACGGCCGCAGCAAGCUGUUGCGAGGCUGGCACAAGCGCUACUUUGUGCUAUCUGAGACAAGUGGAUUGUUGCGUGAAUAUUCAUCUGACGUGAGCAAGGAAGAGUUGCUAUCUCGUACAAGUCGAGCGUUGUCUAGGGCGUCGUCCAAUUCGUCCACGUCGUCACCUGAUCGUAGCAAUAGUAAUAGUGGGAUGACGAUGUGUCGAGAACUGAAUGUCCGAGGAGCAGUUGUGAAAACGUUGCCUUUUCCUGUCGUGGGAAAGCACAAUGCGUUUCAAGUGACGAUUAUAUCAGACAUUGCGUCAUCAUUAUCAACUUCAAGUUCUGGUGCAAUCAAAUUGAUUCUUAGGUCACGUCAAGCUGAAGAUGUACAUCAAUGGAUGGCUGCACUACGAUCAGCCGCGCUGAAGAUGACGAUCCCACGACGAUCAUCGAGUCCUAUGGAUUGGGGUGGUCAAGACAGCGACUCGAGGAUGGAAACACUGACAGAUAGUGACUUCCUGGAAGUAAAAAUGCCUCAACGAGCAGAUAUGGCGCUUCUGAGCUCAGUAUACGAAUGGGUACAUGACUGCUGCGUCAAGACGUCCCAGAGUGUGACAGUAGCCGGUAUGCAUAUACCAAGAGGAUCAUUACUAGUGAGUGCCAAUGGCGUUUCUUUGCAAACUUUGACGUCAGCUGAAGUGAAAAAGUUGUUGUUGGAGGUAAUCGGACCUUUGCCGGUAUCGCUACGGUUUUUGAAAUCUCCAGCGAAAUGUGGUGUUUUACGUGCGAAAUUGUACACAAGUCCAUUGACGCAGUUCAAGUCGUUGGCGAGGUAUCGGAAAUCAAGUCGGAUGAAUUGGAAAGAGCAACUUGUAGAUUUAUCAGGUGAUUUAUUAACUUGUCAGUUACAAGUUAAAACACCGAUGAGUAUUGGAACUAACAGAAAAACUGGUAAUACCGGUAAAAGUCACAGUAAAACCAAACGCGUACUGAUGCUAAGUAGUGGCAGCUCCGUCAAACCGGUACACGAACUGGUGUCGGAUCGCAAGUACUGUUUUAUGGUAACAGUGGAUACCCAUUCCAUGUUAUUCCAUGCAAGAUCCGAAUCAGAUCGAAGAGCUUGGACAGAUGCAGUGCAACGUGCUAUUACAAUAGCUGAAGGAUUAGUGCCUGGAGGGUCUUUUGACUUGGAUGCCCUACAGCUGCAGAGUUCCAUGAAUAUGAGGCAUCGUGAGCAUGCAUUUGAAGGGAUGGAAGAUGGUCAAGAUGUGACAUAUUAUGAAAAUAAAGACGCGGCAAAGGAUGAGAAAGUAGGAGCAAAUCCACUCAAUGCUACGUCAUUGCUACCAUCGGAUGAGGACUGGAUAAGCGCGACCCAAUUGGCCGCAUAUUUACCGGAUGGUGAGCUCACGGAAAUGCUGCGAGUCUUGCAAUCUAGUGGACGGUUCAUAGAAGCUCUUCAAUUGAUGCAGAAAAAUACAGUACUUCGUUCCAAGUACUGGCAGCAGAUUUUUCAAUGGGCUCUCGCUCCUGCCUGUAGUAUUGAAGAGAAUGUGGAACAUUUCCAGCAGCUGAUUAGUACACCUCUUUCCGAAGAAGACGAUUUGCAAGUGCAAAAAGAUAUUCCUCGUACUGCAAAAUGGCUGGCGGGAUCGGCAGGUGCACCGAAACUCGAUGAUGGUGAACGUGCUGUUCGAUUGGAACGCUUGGGGCAUGUGUUGCAUGCCUUCUUGUCAAGCUGCUCAUUAGAUGUGCGAACCGAUGAAGCUCCGCUUUCGCUUUCGUCUGCAGGAUUGUCUCGACCGCCUCCCAGUUUUUAUAUGCAGGGAAUGAAUGGACUUGCAUUUAUCUUGUUGGAAAUAUUGGGAAGCGAUGAAAUUGAAGCCUUUCGGUUUCUUCGUGGCAUUGUAGCUCGGGUUUUACCGCACGUGUUUGGCAUUUGCUGUGAUGGCACUGGACGCGAUCAUUUCGACCUUUUCAGUUCGCUUGUUGAGGUUGGUGAUGUUUUACAGGAAGUGACACGGCUGCAUCUGCCUAGUUUUCACACAGCACUUGAGCAAGCUGGAUUGCCCGUAUGUUUGCUGGCGUACAAGUGGUUUCCUACGCUUUUUUCGGAUGUGACGUUGACAGCAUCGCACUCCCAGCUGCGCUUUGACACACUAAUGUGUUGUUGGGAUGUGUGCCUUUUGUUGGGGCUCGAAGGCAUGUUUUGUGUAGCGUUGGCGCUAUGUAGUGCUGCUGAAAAUGAUGUCCUCUCAUUAGCUGAAUGCGGCGAUGCUGUUAGUAGCAGCGCCGAGCAGGUGAGUGCAGCCGUGGGACGUUCAUUAGCUCUUCUGUCGCCCGAAGAUCUGGUCACGAGUGUUUGCGAAGUGCUGGAGUUGUGCAACCACCCGGUAUUGAUGAAGCUUCGUAACGCACAUCGUCGUCGACUGAAGCUUGGAUACUCAAAAAUAGGCAAUGGUUUUGCCGCAUUGAGCUCUAGAACUUCACCGAGUACUAUUGUGACGAAAACGUCUCAUGUCGUGCCGUUAACAUCCAUGACAGUGACCGAUUUAGAUUCUGGCAAUGUAUAUGAGAUUUCGAAUUCUGGGAAUAUGUUACUGCCGAGGAAAGUUCACAGUAGAAUGACUGCAAGAAAGAAUGACUGA